UUCUGCACAGAGAAAACCGAGACUUGUUUCUCUUCGGACACAUUUAGACUACGUACCCCUCAAAGAAGCGCCGCAUUCUCACAUUUUGACAACAGUGACCGUGCAGAUGGCGACGACUAAAGUUCCAGAGGUUCGUGACAUCACCCGGAUCGAAAGGAUUGGCGCACAUUCUCACAUCCGUGGCCUCGGUUUGGAUGAUGCUUUGGAACCGAGACAGGUGUCUCAAGGAAUGGUCGGCCAACUGGCCUCCAGACGGGCAGCAGGAGUCAUCCUGGAGAUGAUCAAAGAUGGUCACAUAGCCGGCAGGGCAGUGCUGAUCGCAGGCCAGCCCGGCACAGGAAAGACUGCCAUCGCCAUGGGUAUUGCUCAGAGCCUGGGCCCCGACACCCCCUUCACAGCGCUGGCCGGCAGUGAGAUCUUCUCCCUGGAGAUGAGCAAGACGGAGGCGCUCAGCCAAGCCUUCAGAAAAGCCAUUGGCGUGCGGAUCAAGGAAGAGACCGAGAUUAUCGAAGGAGAAGUUGUAGAAAUCCAGAUUGAUCGACCAGCCACUGGAACGGGUGCCAAAGUGGGGAAGCUGACGCUUAAGACGACCGAAAUGGAGACGAUAUACGACCUGGGCAACAAGAUGAUUGACAGUCUCAGCAAAGAGAAGGUUCAGGCAGGUGAUGUCAUCACUAUUGACAAAGCUACGGGGAAAAUCAGCAAGCUGGGACGCUCCUUCACCAGAGCCAGAGACUAUGAUGCCAUGGGAGCUCAGACCCAGUUUGUGCAGUGUCCGGAAGGGGAGCUCCAGAAGAGGAAGGAAGUGGUCCACACGGUGUCCCUCCACGAGAUCGACGUCAUCAACAGCCGAACGCAGGGCUUCCUCGCCCUUUUCUCCGGAGACACCGGUGAGAUCAAGUCCGAAGUCCGCGAGCAGAUCAACGCCAAAGUGUGCGAAUGGAGGGAGGAGGGCAAGGCGGAGAUCAUCCCGGGGGUGCUGUUUAUCGAUGAAGUGCACAUGCUGGACAUGGAGUGUUUCUCCUUUCUUAACCGCGCCUUGGAGAGCGACCUGUCCCCCGUUCUCAUCAUGGCCACCAACCGAGGCAUCACUCGCAUCCGUGGUACAAACUAUCAGAGCCCUCACGGGAUCCCUCUGGACCUGCUGGACCGCCUGCUCAUCAUCGCGACGUCUCCUUACACGGAAAAGGAGACAAAGCAGAUCCUCAAAAUUCGGUGCGAAGAGGAAGACGUGGAGCUGAGCGACGAGGCGCACACCAUCUUGACCCGCAUCGGCAUGGAGACGUCGCUGCGCUACGCCAUGCAGCUCAUCAGCACCGCCGGAUUGGUGUGCCGUAAACGCAAGGGGACAGAGGUUCAGGUGGAGGACAUCAAGAAGGUUUACUCUCUGUUCCUGGACGAGGCCAGGUCUUCUCAGUACAUGAAGGAGUACCAGGACUCCUUCCUCUUCAACGAAACACAAACAACUCCGAUGGAAACCUCAUCAUGAAGACUUGCUCUCUUAUUAAUCUGUGAAUUUUAAAUGUCGGAACAAUUCCCACCGCCAGUCGUUCUCUUCCAAAUAUCUCCUUUCCGUUUGGAUCGGCUGUGGUCUUUUUUUUUUUCCACCACUCACGCAAUAGAUUUUUAUCACAUUUUACCCUCGUCUCCGAUAAAAUAUAACGUAAAUUGUUUGGUUUAAAUAAAAAAAAUAAAUACAUUAUCCUGCGGCACAUUUAGCAUAAAAACGUCACACGGUUUGAAUGCGCUGCCUUUUUGUUCGUCUCUGAGGCCUUGUGACAGAAACUAUUCCUAGUGUCUUCUUCUUCUUUGAUUUGUCGUUAUUACAUCUUUCUAUUUUGAUGAAAUAAACGGAAAUAAGUUGGCGUUA